AUGUCGAAGGGCAAACAAUACAAAUGGGUUCCCGAGGAAACCCAGUUCUGCAUUCAUAUGUUUGCCGAUGAUAAGUGCGGGGAUGAAAAUGGCUGGUCUUGCCUGGUCUGGGGCCCGAGGAACUUGGGUCAGUCGUGGGUGAGGUCGUAUAUCGUCAACACGAUAGAUGGCAAUGGUAACAACAGAGCACCAGAAAAGCCAUCACCACCACCACAGCAAAAGCCAUCGCCUCCGCCGCAGGAGGAUCCACAACCGCCACAACCGCCGCCACGUGCGACAACAACAAAGAAGAACGAGCCUCCACCCCCAACAAGGAAGAACGAACCCUCAAAAAAGCCCGAACCGACUGGCGAUCGCACCUCUGUUGGGGCUGGGACUGAGGGGCCUGCUGCAGCAACGACGUCCUCCACCCGGGAGCCGCCAUAUGAGCCGGAGCUAUUCGCACCGGCGCAAAAACCUGGAUAUCACCCCAGCGAGCUCGAUUCUAAGCCAACAUCUCUCGGCGGCUACCCGCCACCCUCUGUUUCUGCCGUCGCGGAAAAGGAUGCAGGCGGUUACUCCAGCUGGGGCCAUGUUGCGGAGUUGGCUGAUAACUCUUCCCAUCCUAUGAAAAUAACAAUUGAAAACCAUCCUGACUACAGCCUGUUUUUGGAACUUUUGAGGUAG